CUCAGACAGAUCUAAUACUCCUCUCACUCUCAAGCAAUUUUAUUGCUUCUCUCAGACAAAUUAAAUCAUCAACAUGGGAAAAAUCUGGGAGAAUAGAUGGUUGUGUUACUAGUUAGGGUUCAACAACUUUCAGAAGAUUUGGAAACUGCUAGCUCACCUCUGCUUUCAGGUUUCAUCAGAGCUGCAACUCACCAACUUAUUAGGAUGUCUCGACGUCGUGUUGUUCCUCCAAACAAAGAAUGGAUUUAUGCACCUAAGUAUUCACCUCGAUGGGUUGCCGGUGUUCAAUCUUUCAACCAAUUUACAAGAGACAGUCUUGGUGAAGCUAGCAAUGAAGUUCGAUGUCCUUGCAUGAGAUGCAAGAUUUACAAUAAUUUAUUCUGGAGAAUGGAUUCGAUAUGACAUACCAAACAUGGAUCCAUCAUGGAGAACAACCUAGUGAUCAUGUUUUCAAUGUUGAAGCUCCUCCUCCUCUACCCGCUAAUCAUGUUCUGAAUGAAGAUGCUCCUGUUUCGAGAUUGCACGACUUGUUUACUGAGACAUUAGGACGUGCAGUUGGUGUCAAUAACUUUGAAAACUUCCAUAACAAUUCUGACUGUCCCUCGGGUGAUGAUAUUGAAGAUGGUUCUGGUGGUAAUAAUCAAGAUAGAGCUGAUGUCAAUGAUGUCAAUUACAAUAAGCAAUUGCAAGAUGCGGCGCAACCCUUAUAUCUAGGUUGUAGUGCUGAACAUACAAAACUAUCGACAACAGUUUGUUUACUUAGUAUGAAAGCAAGAUAUCAAUGUUCUGAUGUUUUCAUGACCAUGUUAUUGGGAUAUUUGAAAACUAUUUUACCGGCUGAGAACACGUUACCUGAUAAUUGUAGGAAAGCUAAGGAUAUGAUUAAACCGUUUCAGUUUCCGGUACAAAUUAUCCAUGCUUGCAUUAAUGAUUGCAUUCUCUAUCGGAAGGAUUAUGCUGAUUUAGAGGAGUGUCCUAAAUGUAAGGAAAGUAGAUGGAAACAGCCGCCAGAAGGGAGUAUUCCAACUACUAGAAAGUUGUCGGUAAAGAUACUUAGAUAUUUUCCAGUUACGGAAAGGUUACAACGAAUGUAUAGUGUCCCUUGGAUAGCUGAGCUGAUGAUUUGGUAUUCUAAGGUUGUGGAAAGUGCUACACACAUGCGGCAUCCUGUGGAUUCUUCUCAGUGGAAGUCUAUAGAUCGAAAGUGGCCUGAGUUUUGUGAAGAGAAGCGACACGUGCGUCUGGGACUAGAAACUGAUGGUUUUAACCCUCCCAUGACAGAUUUUCAUGGUUAAGAGGACAACUUGAAGGCACUCCCAUGACAGAUUUUCGUAGGCUCACAAUUGGGCCGACGAUCCGCACAAUUUCGUAUAAUUCUUAUUGUAUUAAUGGAUAUCUAUUCUAUACAGCAGAUGCAGAAAAACAUUUGACUACACAAAAUAGUAGAGUCACAAUGAAUGCUUGCACCAUCUUUAGAGAAAGUUCCGGGGAUACUAACCUUGUCGAUGAUGAUACUACAUACUACGACGUUCUGAAAAAGAUACUUGAACUAGACUAUGGAGUUUUCACAGAAGUUGUUUUUUAUUGUGAUUGGGCACGAUUCGAAGACAAAGUACAUGGAUCAUAUGUAGAUCGAGAGACAAAGUUGAGGUUUGUCAAUUUUGAAAAGUUUGCGAGAAGCUCAAAGGAAGAAGACGAGCCGUUCAUCCAUGCUUCUCAAGCUAGCCAAGUUUUUUACCGUAGCGAUUUGACUAGAAAGCAUUGGAAUCUGGUUUUUGAAUCUCCUAUAAGAUCACACCCCCAUAUGAAUGCUUUUGAAGAUCCAUAUGUCUUUACUGCAACCUCUAGUGAUGUUCCAUUGAUUUCAGAAACGAUUGAAGAUGAUGAUUAUUGGAGUGGAAUUGCUCAGGGAGAUGAUGAGUAUUCGGAUGUAGAUGAUCAGGAACUAGCACUAGCUGAAUGUGCAGAUGAUGAAUAUUCCGAUGGGGAUGCUUAGGAACUAGCUGAAUAUGGGUUGUAGAUAUUCAAUCACAAUGUUUUUUCGAGUUCGAUACCUUCAUGGAUGUCGGCACUCUGUUCCCGAUGGUCUCAUCAGGCUAACUGAUGUCAUGAUUUAUGGUAAGAUUGUUGUUCCUGCUGGAUAUGGAAAUGUUGGAAAGGGUAGUUCGUCUACAGUUCUGCUCUCACACAAGCUAGUGCCAAGAUCCUAAUGAAUGAAAUUGUUUUUGAAAUUCUCAGGACUUGUAUCACUUAAGAAACCUUAAUAAUUAGAAGUUUUUUUUAAUGAUUUUGGACUAAAUUUAUGAGUACAGUUCAAUGUAAUGGAGCUAUCAUUUGGUUUUAGACGAA